GGAACAUGUAGACAAAGUGGCCAUCAAACGAUCUUUCCGGCAAAAUAAUUGGCAAUAGGUGCAAUAUGGAGUCCCGGGAUGCUGCAACAAAAAGAAAACUUUCUAAGAAGCAACUUAAAAAAAAUAGUUCAGCUUACUUGCGCCAACGAGAAAAAGCCAAUGCAAGAAAAAAGAAAUUCUUAGAUAAGAUGACAGAGGAAGAGAUAUAGACCAAAAGGGCUAAGGAUAGAGCAUACUAUCGGAAAAAGAAAGCUGAGAAGAAAGUUAAAAACAUUGCUGAGAUGACUGAAAGAGAAAAGCGAAAGCAAAGAAAAAUUUGGAAACAAGCGUC